AUGGCGAAUCCCGAUGUGGAGAAUCUGUUCUCCCUUUGUGAUUCUGAAUCCAAAGGGUUUCUGACGAUGGAGGAUCUGAAGAAAGUUUGCCCACAGCUUGAUGAUAAUGACCUCCGCUUCAUUUUCAACGAGUUGGAUAGAGAUGGAUCUGGAAAAAUUGAAAAGAUGGAGUUCCUUCAAGGAUUUCAAGAGACAGUUCAACACGGAGAGAGUAGAGGACUCAAUGGAAUGCAGCGUCGUGCAUCUGUGGCUUUUGACGAUGGUGGUCCUGUAUUCAGAAGAGACGAAUUGGUUUUUGAGAGUGAGAGUGAUUCUUCGUCUCGUCCUGCAAUCCGUGUAUAUGACGAAGAGCAUUAUCACUCGGAAUCCGAUACCAACAUCAACAUAGAUUUUAGUGUUCCAUGCCAAGAGGAAGUGUUAGUCCUCUACGAACAACUUCAGUCAUCUGGAGUUCCAGCGUUGUUGAGAAAAUUCGAAAGAGUGGUUGGGUCAUUUCAUAAAGAGUUGUCAGAAAAGAAGCAUGAGAACGAGAGACUCCAACGAAUCUAUGCAAGUGAACGCGAAAUGUACAAUCGUCGUAUGGAGGAAAUGGAAUCAGAAGUUGAUCAGCAACUUGAGCUUAUCGAGAUGAAAGCUCGUCAAGAGGAAAGAGAGCGCCUAACCAAAGAAAAAGAAGAGAUGCGCGAAAGAAUGUCUGAAGAAAUGUCGGAAAUGAGAACCAACAUUGAGCGUCUGCAAAGAAUGGAGAAGGUGCUGGAGCGGGAGAACGAGAGACUCAAUCAUCAGAAAGAUUUAUCCGAUAAACUAAAAGUAGUUAAUGAAGAGAACAAUGAUUUGCGUCAGAAUCUUGCCGAGAAUCAUUUGGAAUUGGCCAUGAUCAAAAGUGAGCUGGCUCAGGUUAGAGCAGAUUUUGAUCAGAAACAGGAUGAGUUGUCAGCAAGAAGAGAUCAAGCAUCACAUGCCACAGAAGAAAGCGAAUCUGUCAGAAAACAACUUCAACUUCUUUUUGAUGCCAACCGCAAACUCCACGAGACCAAUGAAAGUCUCCGUGAUGCUCUUGACAGUCGUGCAUCUGUUCUCCGCCAGUUCAAUUUGAGAACUCCAUCUCCAGGCUUGAUCAAUUCCAAUCGGAACUCUGUUGAAAACUUCCAAACAUCAACGAACAUGUUCAAAUCAGUACCGCUCCAUGCUAUCAGCGAUGAGGAGCCAGAUCCAGAAACUUCUUUAAUUUUAGACGAUGCACACAGUCUUCAAGGCAUGGAUAUUGCAGAAGGAUUAGUGGGUCUAAAUGAUGCAAAUGGACCGGCUGAGCGAACAUUCCGAAUCGUCAUGUGCGGAGAUGCUGCCGUGGGAAAGAGUAGCUUUGUAAUGCGUGUCAUCCGUCGUCAAUUCACAAACCAACUUCCAAGUACUCUUGGUGUAGACUUCCAUGUCAAAACUGUAAAUGUGGAUGGUAGAAAUGUUGCUCUCCAACUUUGGGAUACCGCAGGACAAGAGAGAUUCCGUUCACUAUGUAAAUCUUAUUUCCGCAGAGCUGAUGGAGCAAUUCUAGUAUAUGAUGUCUGUGCUGAGCAUUCAUUUCUUCGAGUCCGUGACUGGAUCGAAACUAUCAAGGAGUCCACCGAACGUAGCAUCCCGAUCAUUUUGGUUGGAAACAAAGUGGACAUGCGGCUCCAAACACCAGGCGCGGUCGCAAAAACAGAUGGAGCUAGUAUGGCGGCGGCUAUGGGAGUUCUAUUUAUGGAAACAAGUGCUCUGGACGGCAGUAAUAUUGAUAACGCAAUGCUGGCACUCACCAGAGAACUCAUGGCGGUUGAAGAUGUUGAAAUCAGGUCUACUGGAGUGGUCUUGAAUCCGGCUGCCACCAAAAAGGGAGGAUGCUUCUCAAAGUGUCGUGGAUCUUGA